GCUAGCUUGACAGAAAGUUGUUCCGGCUGAGCUGGCUGUGGGUUGGGGCUGUACGGAGUCCGCUGGCAGUUCCCGUCGACGUCGCUCUCUACGUGGAAGUUGAUCGCCCUCGUCGGGGAGAUUUCUGGGGGGUUGAACUCACCGAGCUGCUUCCCACCGCCGCUUCGAGCCCAACCGGUCCGAAUACUGCAGGUUCCGUCGAGCUGACGCCAUGGACCCGGCCAGUCAAGACAUCAACCUGAACUCGCCCAACAAAGGCCUGAACAUGGACCGCUCAGACCACCUGGCUGACGUCCAGGUGGAGGGAGCGGCGGGGAGCCCGGCUCACCCUCUUCCUCCCGGCCUGACGGUGGAGGAAGCCGAGGAGCUCCACAUCGAGCUGACCAAGGUGGAGGAGGAGAUCAACACCCUGCGCCAGGUUCUGUCCGCCAAGGAGAGGCACGCCUCGGAGCUGAAGAGGAAACUGGGCCUCAGUCCGCUCAACGAGCUCAAGCAGAACAUCACCAAGGGCUGGCAGGACGUGCAGACUUCCCAAGCCUAUGUGAGAACCUCAGAGAAACUGGGCGAGUGGAAUGAAAGGGUUACCAGCUCCGAUCUAUAUCAGUCGGCCUCUGCCACUUUGGAAGACAUUGCCCAGUCUGAAGCAUACAAGAAGACCCAGGAGACGCUUUCUGAGGCGGGACAAAAGACGAGUGCAGCUCUCAACACGCUGGGCACGGCCAUCAGCAGGCGGCUGGGGGACAUGAGAGCGCUGCCUUUCUCUAAUUCCUUUAGUAGCAACUAUUCCAUUCGCCACUCCAUAAGUAUGCCCGCCAUGAGAAACUCUCCAACUUUCAAGUCAUUUGAGGACCGAGUGGGGAACCUGAAGCAUAAGGUCGUCGGGCCCAGAGGGAACGGAGAGACCGUCAGCUCCCCCACCGACACCACCCCCACUCAGGAGAACCCGCCGUUCUGAGUGCGCCACGCCACGCCGCCGCCUCCUCCCCCUCGCCGCCCCCUUCCUCACGACCUCAGACUGUACUGUUAUGGAGCCCGGACCUCUGACCCUUCAGCAACACUCUGCAUCUCGUCCUACGAUCAGUAAAACGCGCCGCAGCAGGCAGACUGAGUGGACCGCCCCGUGGUCUUCUUCCUCGCCGCUGGGGUCCCGUUUAAACCUGAAUAAUUUGCCUCCUCCUAGUUAAACGCUCCUCAGCAUCAUUUUGAGCCAGAAAUCACUUUCACGAAAGGAAAAGCCUAAAAGAUGUUGAGCUGUUUUUGUUUUGUUGCCAACUUUAGUUUGAGAGCCGGCGCCUGUGAUGCUCCCUGUGCGUCAGGAUGGCGUUCAGUGCCAGUAAAAAAAAAACUAAACACCAACCUUCCCCUCUUCUUGCACUCACACUGUGAGCACGCGUUACCUUCACCUCCUCGCCGCCACCGUCUCCUCUCACACCUGCAUCCCGUCUGUUUCACAGCUCUCUUAAUGCACACUUGGCUUCGCGUUUUGAUUGAGGACAUCUUGGAUGUCAGCAUGUUCGUCUCGUCUCAGAAACCCUGCACACGGCCACAGCACCACGACAGAACCGCCACGGGUUGUAAAAACUGCACCCAUUUUGUAUUAUAGACAGUUUUACACAGCUUUGCAUAACGUUUUUACAUAAUUUUUAUCAAUCUGUAUAAAUAUAAAUGACUACAAUAUAUCGUCAGCGGUAAUAAUCAGGGUUUGGAGGACUAAAAAAAAAACGGUCAGUGUGGUAAAGCAACACUAACGGGUCAGUUUUCCUCAGCCAGGAAGGAGUUGGUUACACUAAUUUGAACUCUGAAUACAGCCCAAACCGGUUUUAAUUUGAUAAACUGGGUCUAAUUUUGGUUUUUUUGUUUCAUUAGUGUGGAUGUGAAGCCAACCGUGGUUUGCCAGCUGCUCUGCUUUGCGGCGUACGCCACCUACUGAGCCGUCUCACCGGUCCAGAUUUAGCGUAAAGGAGAAGGAAGCUUUGACUUUUACUCCUUUCGGUGUCCAUCUAGAGACUCUGAGGGCCACAGAAAUAUCUUGCGCUGCCAUAGCCGACACUUUAGCCUAACAGGUGUCUGAAUGUACACACGUUUGCUGCUGUUAACACAAACUAAAUUCAUUGGCUGCGUGACACUAAACUGAGAAGCUGGGCGUUUUGGAGGCUCUGCACUUGAUUUAGUUUUACUCCAGCAGACAUUGUGCUUGUUGGGAAAUAUUCUCCUGCAACUUCUACGUUCUCUCAUUUAAAGUCCACCCUUCCCAGCCGCAGAGCGUGUCCCGUUUCCCCCCCCCCUCCGCUGCAGGAGAAAGGCUUUGUAAUCGAGAACGUUGUCCGACUCUGCAGCGACUUCUAAAGCUCCAGGUCCGACUUCUCAUCCGACUGCUUCACUGGGUCAUACGUGUGUUUUAUUGUUUCAUUUGUGUUCACGAUUUGUUGGAUUACAUGUUCCUGUUAGGGAGGGGAAAUGUUUCCCCUUUCCAGGAUUUGUACGAUUCUUACGCCAUAAGCUGAAGUUGCCAACAUUUGAAUAUAUCUGUUACAUGAUGCCUCCUCAUCUGGCCAGGUUUUUCUUUUCCUAGAGGGAAAUUCUUUCGCACGCCGCAAGAAAUCUUCAUCUCAAGUCGUUGGCUUUAGGAUUUAUCCCGAAGUGAAAGAAAUGUGAUUUAGUUGGAAGGUUUUUCCCACUGACUUAAAUUGUUUAGAAGAAACUUUUUGGCCUUUUUUUUUUUUUCUUUUCUUAUUUGUAUCUUUGGAGACGGCCAAACAAAGACGUACCUUUUUGUUUUGGGUGCCAAGGGAAGUGCAGCUCGCACAGAGGAGGGUGUAGUACUCGGAGCUUUAUUCACCUGGUGUCCUGGCUUAGUCUCUGCUGGUGUAGAUCCUGGAAAGUGGUGAGAUUUGGGAAAUCAUGCUAAAAUAAUUAAAGAUCUCUGGUUUUGUUGUAUAUGUGUGGAGAUCAAUAAAGCAUUCCUUUAAAAGAAAA